AUGGAUAGAGGAAGGAGCUACGCAGGACGGGUUAACAGCCAUCCCCACACACCACAGGCUCAUCCUGAUGCAGGCCUGGAGGAGAACUUCUGCCGUAACCCUGACAACAAGGAGCGGCCCUGGUGCUACACCACGGACCCGACAUGGAGGUGGGACUACUGCAACGUGAUGGAAUGUGCUGAUCCUUUCUUACUGGACUGCAAUGUAGACACGUCGGCAACGUUCAUCUCAGGUCAGGCCUCGGGCAACAGCGACUAUUCCUGUAUCAACCAAGAACAGGAAAGAAAAUUCUGCUAUUGUGACAACGACUGCACCUUUUUCGGCGACUGCUGCGAGGACUUCGAUAGAAGCAGCUCCACACAAACACCUCCCGACCAUCAUCAUCUAAAAUGGAAGUGCGUGUCUGGCUUUUCGAAGGGGGGUGAAAAUGACCCCUUAGGGAAAGAGUCCUAUUGGAUGGUUGCUGACUGCCCUGACGAAUGGAAUAAUGACGUCACAAGGGAUCAGUGUUUAAAACAAGUGAAUCCCUUCAACCCGAGUGACCUGGUCUACCGAACGCCGGUGGAAGAUGCCUCAGUUCAAACUGGAUCAAAUGCAGUCCCCUAUAGAAACAUAUUCUGUGCAAUUUGUAACAAUGUCUCUCUGACACAUGUGUCUGUUUGGGAGUCCCAAGUUGAGUGUUCCGGACUACUGAACUUGUCUUCACACAUUCCCUCCGGUUCACAAGAGUACAACAACAUUAUUGGUAGCGAAUAUUGCUUUGGAAAGAACACGCUAGCGUUUACCCCAUCAGACACUUCGUAUGUGAGGCGAUGUCUCUGGACUGAUGUUUCCAAUGAGAAUUGUGACUUAGCUGCCUGUAGAUCCUAUAGUUAUCCAAUGGGCCGUGGGCAUAAGAUUUACAAAAAUGUACACUGUGCUCUUUGUGAAGGACUCUCUCUUACGGCAACCACAAAUCUAUUGUGUGCUUCGUUUUUGGAUUUCGAUGGACGGAAUGUGCUCUGUGGGUUUGAUACACCCUGUCCAUCAAGAUUCUCCUUGACUAAUUUGUUCAACUUUAAUGCCUAUGGGGGUGAUGAAAACAGUCCCAAUCAGUGUCCCUCUGGCACUUUAUACGACCCGUUUGCAGACACAUGUCGGAUCUCUUCGUCCGCCCACAGAAGCGGUGGCUCAGCAAACAUGACUAGCCCCUUACAAAACUGUAGCGAACCCGCUUUGACGUUCACGGCUGAAGAGUUCCGUGUCCUUCCCAAUGGUAGUGUCCACUUGUUGAGUUCUAACGUGUCCUGCCCAGCAGAGCAGGUGGCCAUACUGAACGCAACAGCAUUGAUCUGUGGGGAGUGUAUACUGCAGUACUUCAAAAACUACACGAAAGUAGCCGACAGUUGGGGAGCUGACCAGGGCUGGUUAACCCUGGGUCUCGUGAUAGCGUCUGCCGUAGCCGUGUUUGCCUUCGUGGUCCACACUGUCAGGUCUGGCCAGUGGGAAAAACUCCCGGAAAAGCUGAAGGUUCAGAUGGCGAUAAGCAUGGUGGUGGCCGAAUCUCUGUUUGUGACACGCGUGUGGAUCCCUGUCGGAUCGGGCUGUGCAGCGUUUGCGGUCAUUCUGCACUACUUCCUGCUGACGGCCUUCACAUCCACGAACGCACUGGCGAUAGAUCUCUUCCUUACGUUUGGUGAUACUUUAGAAAGAGCCGAACUGCACCAGUACCUGUUGUAUACCUGGUUGAUGCCGGUACCUUUCGUCCUUGUCACAGUGAUUGUGGAGUUCGGCAGUUCUGUCAGGGUGGGUUACGGAGAGGACUGUUGGAUCGGCAAUCCCACAGCCAAUCUGCUGGCUUUUGGAGUUCCUGUCCUCUGUGCCCUUGUGGCAAAUGCGGUCUUGAUUACUUUUGCCUUGUUGGCCAUACGGAAGUCAUUUGCGAUAGCCAACGCUGCAAAGUCACGCUCAAAUAGUACCAAGGCUUGGGUGUACUUGCGUAUCUGCUUUCUGAUGGGCUUCACUUGGUUUCUUGGCUUCAUCUACCCUUUUGUGAACAGCAGGGUUGUCGAGUACGUUUUUGUUGUGCUGAAUGCUUCCCAAGGCCUGCUGCUGACACUGAUAAUGACAGCAACGGGGAAGGUGGUGGAGAAAGGAAUGUCUGCCAUCAGGGCUUGCUUUGGUUGCGCCGAACCUGAGCAGAACAAUGGAGCAACCGCAACUACCAGGAACCGUCAUACCGUCGGAGGGAAAACUGAGGUAACAUCGGCUACAGACAUACCCAUGACAACUUUCGCUGAUGUCGAGAACAUAGCACGUCCUCAAAUCAAUGCAGUACAUCAGGGCGGCGGGCAGACCGCAACUUCCAGCCACCUGCCGGCCGCCGCAGGGAAGACAGAGGGGACGGUAGGAGGAGACGGCUCUGCUGAAGAAAUACCCAUGACAACAUUUGCCGUUGUGCACGCGGAGGAGACCAGGGCAAAUCUUCGUCGAGAAGAGCCUCCUCAGAACAGUGGACGAACCAGAGAUGCCAGCAGUCAGCAAGGAACAGCAGGUAAAAUGGAUAGAAGCGAAUCUGCUGUAGAAAUACCGGAGGCACAUUUCGUCGAUGAAGAGGAGAACAUGGCAUGUCUUGGUCUGACUAAUGGUCAAGAGGAAAGCGAGCUUACCGCAUCUGACAACGAUCAGCAGACCAUCGCAGGUGAUACGGGGGGAGUGGCAGCUGAACCUGGCUCUGUCGCGACAACUUUCCCUGAUGAGGAGCAGUCGUUCGGCGAGCGCCCCAAUUGA